CACGCCACGGCCCCGGGUUAUCAUCGUGUGCUACCGGAGAAGUCCACCAGUGCUCUCCAGAAAGCCUUCUCUCUGCUGUCUGAUCUGCUGAGGCCAUUUCUAAUAAAGAUAACUACAGAAAAGCAGAUUCAGCUCCCUCCCGAUGCAUGGAGACAAGUAAGGAGACUGAGAAGGACAGGGCAGUCACUGCCCCAAGGACAUCAGGAGGAACUAGCUGGAUGGGAAGAGAAGCAGGAAUCACGUUAGCUCAGUGCCAACACUGCUCACCCGUGGACUUUGUUUUUCCCUGAGAUACCUGUAUGGUGUGAGACAGCAAUGAAGGAGGCGUGGGAACGGCUGUGUCUGAACUGCAAAGGGAGGAAGUAGAAGUUUUGCCAGUUCUCUGCAUUCUCCUGUGACUCUGCUCCAGUGAGGCCUUCCUGCUGACACUUCAGGAUCCAAAGCGCAGCUCCAUCGACCAGGUUCUUCCACUGGCAGCAGACCAGCCGGCACGCCAGCACCAAAUCCACCGCAGCUCGGUGCUGUCGGCGCCCGGGGAUUUUUCCAUCGGUCUGUGAUGACAUCCAUUUGCGACCUCCCCGAAGACGUCCUGGUGGAGCUGCUUUCGCUGCUCCCAGCCCAGGACCUGAUCUGCACCUGCAGACUGGUCUGCACGCAGUGGCGGUACGUGGUGGAUCUGACCACCCUAUGGAAACGCAAGUGCCAGCGCGAGGGGUUUUAUAUUCAGAAUUUGGACAGAAGCAUCUCUGACUGGAAGAUCUUCUAUAUGCUCUGCAACUUGAAGAGAAACUUAAUCAAAAACCCCUGUGCUGAAGAGAACUUUCAGCACUGGAAACUUGAUAAUAAUGACGGAGAUAAAUGGAAGAUUGAGAAUCUGCCUGGACCUCAUGGAAAAGACAUUCCAGACCCCGAAGUACACAAGUACUUUGUCACUUCAUAUGGGCCAUGCUUCAAGUCUCAACUCAUUACCCUGCAGAAAGAAGGAUACUGGAAUCAGUUGAUGGAUGAGAAACGGCCUGAAAUUGUAGUCAAGGACUGGUAUGCUGCCAGAUUUGACUGUGGGUGUCGCUAUGAACUUACAGUGAGGCUGCUUUCUGAAGACUACAUUGUCCUCGAGGAGUUCCACCCUGAGCCAGUGGUUAUAGAGCAGUGGAGUGAUGCAGUGUGGAGAGAGAUUUCUCACACCUUCCAGAAUUACCCAGCUGGAGUUCGUUAUAUCUGGUUUCAGCAUGGAGGCCAAGACACCCAGUUCUGGGCAGGAUGGUAUGGGAUCCGAGUGACAAACAGCAGCAUCACCAUUGGGCCCCUGACAUUGUUAUGAAGGCACAAUAUAAGUGUUUGCUUUUACCUCAGGACUGUAACCAGGUGGUCUCAGGUGCACUUAUUUGUCUGGACUCUCUGGGUGAGCGUCCUGGCUUUGUCUUGCACAGCUGAUCUCAAAUACAAGCAGCUAGUUCUCCUUCUUCACAGCAGAACUUCUGCAGGCUCAGCCCUUUGGAGGAAGACUAAGACAAUUAAAUAUCACAUCUGUCUUUUUCUAGUUAAUAUGUCCUUGUGCUACAGCCAAACACUGUCUUAAAUAGAAACCUUUUCUUGUUUGUUUAUGGAACUUACAAAAGAUAAGGCUAAAAUGUUUUAUUUCAGAUUAUCAAUGCUGUCCUCAAGGGCUCUGCUACAGAGACUUGUUUUGUAUGGUAUUUUCCUGUUUCAGUUUAUGUAUAAAAACAUGUAUCUUUCACAUCAGACCUUUCAUAGCAUAAGGAAACUGUCAACCCUUUUUCAUAAAUGCAGUGUCACUGGUAGUCAA